AUGGCACGCAGUCAAACGUCAAAGAGAAGGAGAUUGAGUCCUCCUGGUGAUGGAGGCAAGGGCGAAUUGUACACCAACGACGGCGAGUGGGAUAUCGAGCAAGAGUACGAGCGACGCCCGCGCAAAACGAACAAAAAAGACAGCGAGGUCACACGAUUGCCCAUCAAAACCUCCGAAGGUUUCGUCCAGGCCAAAGAUGAAGUAGAGGAGCCGGCGGAUGAAAGCGACAGCUUUUUGGGAACCGAUGAUGAAGAUGGGUCCGGCGAGGAGGAGUCCGAAGAAGAGGAGGAAGAGGAGCAAAAACCCAAGAUCCCUGUGAAGGUCCAAAUCAUGCAAGCAAAGGAAGACUUGGCCCGGAUAGCCACUCAAAUCAAUGAGGAUCCUGAAGAGAACGUCGCUUUGUUCAAGACCAUGGCCGAGAUUGCCGACAAACCAGACUCGCCUCUCACGGUGAAGAAAUUGGCCCUCGCGGCUCAGGCUGCUGUCUACAAGGAUAUUAUUCCUGGAUAUCGCAUUCGUCCUCUGAGCGAAGAAGACAAGACUGCCAAGGUUUCAAAGGAUGUGCGCAAGCUGCGUGAUUUUGAGCAGGGCCUUGUGGCUGGAUACAAGAACUAUGUCAACAAAUUGGCUAUGCUGGCCAAGCCUGGCCGGAACCAAACAAGCGCCAGAGAUGCCAGCCUCAAAAGCAUGGCUAUCAACUGCGCUUGCAGCUUGCUUCAGGCUGUGCCUCAUUUCAAUUUCCGAACCGAAUUGAUUAAGAUUAUCAUCAACCGACUUGCACGAAGAAUUGUGGACCCGGAUAUGGCCAAAUGCCGUGAGACUGUGGAAGAUGUCUUCGCCAAGGAUAUUGAUGGUGUUGUCUCUCUUGAGACCGUCCGUUUGCUUUCCAAGAUGAUGAAGGCCAGAGACUUCCGCAUCCACGAAAGUGUGCUGGAUACUUUCCUCCACCUACGUCUACUGGGUGAAUUUACUUUCAAGGCCUCACAAGACAGCAUCGACCGCGAAGAAGAAGACACUGAGCAAAUUCGUGGCAAGAAGCAAAAGCAAAAGCGUCAAUUCCGUACGAAGAAGGAGCGCAAGGUUAUGAAGGAGCGCAAGGUGGUCGAGAAGGACAUGAAACAGGCAGAUGCACUCGUCUCGCACGAGGAGCGUGAUAAGAACCAGGCCGAGACUUUGAAACUUGUGUUCGGUAACUACUUCCGCAUCUUGAAGCAGCGGAUUCCCCACUUGAUGGGUCCCGUUCUGGAGGGUCUGGCCAAGUACGCCCGUCUCAUCAAUCAGGAUUUCUUCGGAGAUCUGUUGGAAGCCCUGAAGGAUCUCAUUGGACACGCCGAGCGUGAGGAUGAAGGAGAGGAGGAAGAUGAAGAUGAGGAAGAGGAUGAUACCAAGGAAGGUGCUAUUUCUGAAGCCGCCAGCCGUGACUCGCGCCGCGAGACCCUCUUGUGCACAGUCACUGCAUUUGCUUUGCUGGAUGGCCAGGAUACUGCCAAGGCUGCAACAACUCUCCACUUAGACCUGAGCUUCUUCAUGAAGCACCUCUACCGCUCCCUUUACGCCUUAUCUACCAACCCAGAAGUCGAGUUCAACCCCAAUACCUCCCUGCGUCUGCCCGAUCCGAAUUCCCCCGAAGAGUCGUCCAGAAUCCGCUCCAAGAACAAGGUCAAUUUCCAGACUCCCAUGGUCUUGCUUCUCCGUUGCCUCCAGUCGACACUGCUAUCCCGCGCACACGGUAACCCACCCCCAGUUCGACUUGCCAGUUUCUCCAAGCGUCUCAUGACCUCCACUCUCCAACUUCCCGAGAAGUCUGCUCUCGCCACACUUUCUCUCCUGCACCAGGUCUCUAGGCACCAUGGGCGUCGCAUCUCUCCUCUGUGGCACACGGAUGAGCGCAAGGGUGACGGUGUGUUUAACCCAUACUCCACUGAUAUCGAGGGUUCAAAUGUGUUUGCUGGAUCGGUUUACGAGGGCGAAUUGUUACGGCAACACUACUGCCCGCAGGUCCGCGAUGCAACCAUUGACAUUGAGAAGAUGCUUCUUUCUGCCAAAUAG